AUGAGUCCUCCACGACGAGAAUCAGCAACUGAUAUAACAUCAUUCAAUGAUAAUGAUGAACAACAACCAUUUACAUCACCAAUAGUAUCAACAAAUACAACAUCACGUAUUGAUCGUCGUAAAUCAUCUAUAGCUGCUAUAUUUGAUGAUAGUCGUCGUCGUGAUGAAAUUUUAUUGAAAGCAAAUCGACCAAAUCUUCGUCGUCUAUGGGAUAAAUAUGAUGUACCAUAUAUAAUUGGUGAAGAAGUUUUUCAUGAAAAUCGUACAUUAUGUGAAUUAAUAUUAAUUAUAUGUUCAUGGUGUAUAUUAGUUUUAUUUUUUCCAUUUUCUCUAUUUCUUACACUUAAAGUUAUUCAAGAAUAUGAACGUGCUGUUGUAUUUCGUUUGGGUCGUUUAAGUCGAACAUCAGCUCAUGGUCCUGGUAUGUGUUUUGUAUUACCAUGUAUUGAUAUAAUACAUCUUGUUGAUAUCCGCACAGUUUCAUUUGAUGUUCCACCACAAGAAGUUUUAACACGUGACAGUGUAACAGUUGCAGUUGAUGCUGUUGUUUAUUAUCGUAUAUUUAAUCCAACAGUUUCUAUUGCUAAUGUUGAAAAUGCACAAGAAUCAACACAUCUUUUAGCACAAACAUCAUUACGAAAUGUUCUUGGUACACGUUUAUUAUCGGAAUUAUUAUGUGAUCGUGGUGCUGUAUCGAAUUUAAUGCGUGAAUGUUUAGAUGAGGCAACUGAAAGUUGGGGUAUUAAAGUUGAAAGAGUUGAAAUAAAAGAUGUUCGAUUACCAAAAAGUCUUCAACGUAUUAUGGCUGCUGAAGCUGAAGCAGCUCGAGAAGCAAGAGCAAAAAUUAUUGCUAGUGAAGGAGAAUUUAAGUCAUCACGUGCAUUAAAAGAUGCAGCUGAUAUUCUUGCUCAAUCACCAUGUGCUAUGCAAUUACGUUAUUUACAAACAUUAAAUAGUAUAGCAACAGAACAAAAUUCAACAAUUAUUUUUCCAAUACCGGUUGAUAUAUUUUCAUUUUUUCAAAAACAUUUGAAUUUAAAUAAAACACCAACUGAUCCACUGAUAUUGACACCAACAAAUCCAGACGAUAAUAAUAUGACUGUGACUGGAAAAUCAACAUCAACAGAUAUUUAA